GGAAAUAUACCUCAGAAAGGACAAUAUAGCCUACUGGACGCGUCACCUGCGGAGAGUACGUGCAGCCAAUCACCGCGCUCUCGAUUGUCAACACCUCCCAUCCAUCCAAUCACAUCCCCAGACGACUAAAAGCCGGAUCUCCUGCGCUUACAGUAAUAAAGCACUGUACACAUACUGCAAGUUUCAUUCAGAAGCAACUCCUGAGAGAAGAAGAAACAUUUCAAGAUGACGAUUGAAAAAAAUUAAUAAUUAACGGAUACUGAUUAUUACAUUUCUUUAUUUUGUUUAUUUAUUUAUUUAUUUAUUUAUAUUUUUUUUUAGCGCCGGUUGCUUUCUGGUGAUUUUAUUCUAAAGAAGACAGAUAUAGGGACUUUUUGAUCUUACAAACAAGAGAAAGAAAAGGAACCCUCGGUAGUUUUUUCCUGAUAAACUCCUCACGAUGGACUCGAACAGAAAGCAUGUGACACCGCGGCUAAUGAUGGCUGUUGGGACAGCAGUAAUCGGCUCCUUACAGUUUGGCUAUAACACAGGUGUCAUUAAUGCACCUCAGCUGAUCAUCCAGAGCUUCUACAAUGAUACGUGGCAUAAACGGUAUAACGAAUUCAUCCCUCCAACCUCCCUCACCAGUCUCUGGGCCAUUUCUGUUGCCAUUUUUUCUGUAGGAGGUAUUUUCAGCUCUUUCACUGUAGGAAUGUUUGUCAAUCGUCUGGGCAGGAGGAACUCAAUGCUUUUGGCUAAUAUCCUGGCAUUUGUAGCAGCUGCUUUAAUGGGCUUCUCUAAACUGGCUGCAUCCUGGGAGAUGCUGAUCAUUGGUCGGCUUGUUGUGGGUCUUUACUCUGGUCUGUCCACAGGCUUUGUACCCAUGUAUGUAGGUGAAAUUGCACCGACGGCUUUACGUGGCGCACUGGGCACUCUGCAUCAAUUGGGUAUUGUCAUAGGCAUCCUGAUGGCACAGGUCUUUGGCAUUGAGUCCAUUAUGGGAAACGCAACAAUGUGGCCUUUCUUGCUGGGCUUCACCUUCGUCCCGGCCGUGAUUCAGUGUGCCCUGCUGCCUUUCUGUCCUGAAAGCCCUCGUUUCCUGCUCAUCAACCAAAAUGAAGAGAACAAAGCCAAGACAGUUCUGAAGAAGCUUCGUGGCACUGAGGAUGUUGGAGAGGACAUCCAGGAGAUGAAGGAGGAGAGCAGGCAGAUGAUGAGGGAGAAAAAAGUGACGAUCCUGGAAUUGUUCCGGUCUCCACUUUACCGCCAGCCGCUCCUUGUCGCAGUCAUGCUGCAGCUAUCACAGCAGUUCUCCGGCAUCAAUGCUGUUUUUUACUACUCUACAAGUAUUUUCAUCACAGCAGGAGUGUCCCAGCCGGUCUAUGCAACCAUUGGUGCUGGAGUUGUGAACACUGUAUUCACCAUAGUGUCUCUGUUUGUGGUGGAGCGAGCUGGACGAAGAUCUUUGCACCUCAUUGGGCUGAUGGGAAUGGCUGUGUCUGCUGUUUGCAUGACCAUUGCAAUGGCACUGAUUGAGACAGUCAAAGAACUUUCAUAUGUCAGCAUCGUCGCCAUCUUUGCUUUCGUGGCCUUCUUUGAGAUUGGACCUGGUCCUAUCCCAUGGUUUAUCGUGGCUGAACUCUUUAGUCAAGGCCCCAGACCUGCUGCCAUGGCUGUGGCCGGUUUCUCCAACUGGAUGGCCAAUUUCAUAGUAGGAAUGAGCUUCCCAUAUGUGGAGCAACUGACAGGCUCGUACGUCUUCAUCAUCUUCACUGUGUUCCUGCUCAUUUUCUUCGUCUUCACAUACUUCAAGGUGCCUGAGACUAAGGGUCGGACGUUCGAUGAGAUCUCAGCAGGGUUUCGGCAGAAUGCAGGCUCUGGAGCGGAGAAGUAUGGCCCAAAUGAACACAACAUGCUGGGCACAGACUCACAGCUCUGAUCCCUGUAUUUUGCUCCCAUGCUGCCUCAGUGGCUCUCUAUAAACCUCUGAUAACAUACUCUAGAGUGUGCUGCAACACCCACUUUCAGAUAGAUGUGUUUAUCUAUUGGCAAGAUAGGAAGCCUGUGGCUGACUCCUGUUUGUGUUCUCUCUUUAUUACUUAGAAGAAUGAGAGUAGCUACUCUGUGGGCCACUUGUGAUUAUUAUAUAUUUUUUUAACAAUUAUGCUAUCACUGUGUGAUCACUGAACACUUGUAUUGCCUGCUGAAAAAGAUGUACACUUUGGAUACACUACUACAUCACAUUAUUGUUUAUUUACACUAGAGAUGCACCGAUACUAAAUUUCUCAGACAAUACGAUAACCAAUUAUUCAGAGUGAUAUCGGCCGAUACCGAUAACCGAGACUGAUAGUUCUGCCUUUUAUGCCUUCUUAUAAAUUAAUAAUGAUUCAUUUAAAAAAAUACAUAAAAAAAUAAUUUAAAAGAAAUCUGAUGCAGAUAAAAACUUUAUUCUCUCCAUUUCAACAAGUUGUUUCACAGUAACUGGUCUCAUAAACAGAAAACACAUUACUCAAAUUAACAGUAAUGCAUGAACUAAAUUCUGAAGAUUAAAGUAAGAUUUCUUAACUUAUUAAAUGUUAUUAAUUCAUAUUAACAUUGACUGAAUUCUAAAAAUCCUCCUGUUAGUCUCACAUUCACUCACCUCAAACAAAAGCAUUUAUACUUCAUCUCUGAACAUCAAACUGGUAAUAUAUAAGAUCAACUUUUUUAUAUAUUAACAUUAACUGGAUAUGAAAUAUACUACUGUACAAAUAUAUUUUCUAUGCAAUAUAUACUACAUUUUUGUCAAACCAUCUUCAUUUAAAUCUUUCAAUGGUGUACUGGCCCUUUUAUUCAGCGCGAGGGCGACAGGGCAGCGGGAAACUUCUGCGGCGUAAAGUUUACUUCCGGUGUAAAAUUUUAGCGGUGCAGAGAUUACAGACAUUACAAACUGCAGUUUUGUCAUCAUUCCACCCAAGAAACAUAUUUACACGCAGCACGAAAUCGAUGUGUUUUCCCGCCCUCUUUUGAUUGACAGGAUAUAAUUGGCCCUGAUCAUCGUAUGUUUUUAAACUAUCAGCCGAUAGCCAAAAGCGGGAAAAGCAGCCUUUAUCAGCCGAUACCGAUUAUCAGCCGAUACAUCGGUGCAUCUCUAAUUUACACCAUUCAUUCCACCUAAAUAAUGUCAGAAUGUCUCUGGAUCAGAAGCCUAUCCCAGGAUUACUGGGUCCAUGUUCAGAAUACAUCCUUGAUGGGACUCCAGUCUAUCUCAAGGCAAGAUGCACACACCUUCACAGACUCAUUCACAGCUAGGGGUAAUUUUGCAUAGCCAAUACACCUACCAACAGGUUUUGGGAGAUUCCGCUUUAGCCAUUUUUACUCAUUUCACAUUUGAAUUUGUGUUAUUGUACUGGCAGAUACAUUUUCUUGUUUCUAGAAAUAAAUUCAUGAAGUAUGCAACAUUUUGAAAUUGGUAAGAAAUUUAUUGAAGUAGCCUUAAUAAUAAUAUCAUAUUUUAUAUACUGUAUACCAUAAAUACAUACAUACAGUGCCCCUCAUUAAUAUUGGCACUCUUGGUAAAUAUAAGCACAGAGGGUAGUGAAAAUUUUUCUUUAUUGUAAAAAUUCACAAAUAUGCUCUGCUCUCACGGAUAUCAAACAAUUGCAAACAACUUCUUUUAAUUAUUGCCCUGAUGGUGGAAAUGGUCAUUUUCAAUGUUUGUGCUAUUUUCUUAUAGCCACUUCCCAUUUUGUGAAGCUCAACAACCUUUUGCCGCACAUCACAGCUAUAUUCCUUGGUCUUACCCAUUGUUAUGAAUGACUAAGGGAAUUUGGCCUAUGUAUUACCUCAUAUGUAUACCCAUGUGAAACAGGAAGUCAUGGUUGAACAAUUUCCUGUUCCUAGUCACCCAGGUGUACAAAAAUAAAUGUAAAAUAUCAAUGGGAAUAUACUUCAAAUUAAUUUUUCUCUUAUGAAUUCAUAGAGGUGCCAAUAAUUGAUGCACACCUAUAUUUAACAAAGUUUUUUUUUAUAUAUAUAUAUAAACCUGUGUUGUGUUUGCAAUUGUUUGAUAUCCAUGAGAGCAGAGUAUUUCUGUGAAUUGUUUGAAAAAAAGAUCCAAAGGUUAAAUAAUUAAAAAAUAAAAAGAUAAAAAAAUCACAGCCUUCUUUGCUCAUAUUUACCAAGGGUGCCAAUAGAAAUGCAUACAUUUACACACUGUUCCUGCUUCCAUCAGACCAAAUAAUUUAAGUGAUUUAUUGAUUUAUUGCUCAGGAUGUUUUUGUGGAAAUAAUACUA